AUCCAACAACUAUACAUCCUUAGAUAUAUUUAGAUAGACAUAUUUAGAUAGACAUAUUUUGUCAUCUGAUUCAACAACAAAAAACCUCACAAACAUAUUUUCCUAGUUCCGAUGUCGGCCUAAGUGAACAAUAUUUCGUACUAAAAUGGCGUCCGCUGAAAUGCCAAGGGUGAAGCUGGGGAGCCAAGGACUCGAGGUCUCCAGAUUGGGGUAUGGUUGUAUGGGGCUUACUGGGAUGUACAACGAUCCGGUUCCGGAGGAAGAAGGGAUAGCAAUUCUGAGGGAAGCUUUCAAUAAAGGGGUUACCUUUUUCGACACCUCCGACAUUUACGGCUCAGAUCAUUCUAACGAGUACCUUGUUGGGAAGGCAUUGAAGCAUAUGCCCAGAGAAAAAGUGCAACUAUCUACAAAGUUUGGUAUAUGCAAAGUUACUACUGAGGUUGAGGUGAAAGGAACCCCUGAAUAUGUUCGAUCCUGUUGUGAGGCUAGCCUGAAACGCCUUCAAAUUGAUUACAUCGAUAUCUACUUUAUACAUCGCAUUGACACUAAUGUGCCUAUUGAGGAAACUAUGGGAGAACUGAAGAAAUUAGUUGAAGAAGGUAAAAUAAAGUAUGUUGGCCUAUCCGAAGCUCACCCAGAGACAAUAAGGAGGGCACACGCUAUUCAUCCCAUCACUGCUCUCCAACACGAGUACUCCUUAUGGACACGUGACAUUGAGGAUGAAAUCGUACCUCUUUGCAGGGAACUGGGAAUUGGGAUUGUUUCAUUCUGCCCUGUUGGUCGUGGAUUGUUUGGUGGAAAGGCAGUUGUGGAGAGCUUGCCUGCUAACAGUACCUUGGACAAACAUCCCAGGUUUACUGCACAGAAUUUAGAAAAGAACAAAGGCAUAUAUUUUCGUCUAGAAGAAUUGGCAAAGAAACAUGGCUGCUCGCCUGCUCAACUUGCUCUUGCAUGGAUUCUCCAUCAGGGUGAUGACUUUGUUCCCAUUCCUGGAACAACUAAGUUGAAAAACCUUCAUGAUAACAUUGGUUCGGUGAAGGUGAAGCUUACUGCUGAAGAAGUGAAAGAGAUCUCAGAUGCAGUGUCCAUCACUGAAGUGGCUGGCCAAAGAAUAGGAGAUCUGUAUUAUAAGACAUCAUAUCUGUAUGCUAUUACCCCACCAUUGAAGCACUAGACUCACAAUGGCCAAGAAACGUGGAGCCUCAAAGGGUCAUACAUCAAUGCAUUAUUAUCUAAUGUUCUCUAUGCUGCUCUCUCAUUAUUGUAUUAUUGAGGAUAGGGUUAUACAAUGUUGUGUGUGAUCCUUAAUGUUAUGUAUGUAGUAUGAAUAAUCCCAAAUUAACUCCAUCCGCUGUCUUAGUUUUCAUCUCUUGUAAAAAUGUGAAGAAUAGAACAUUUAUUUAUAGAAUUAUUAAGACUUCAGGUAUCUUUAAGGGCUAACUAAUUGAUUGGGGGAUUUUGGAAGAGAGGUAACCGGAGGAUCUAAAAGACAGCAUGAGUGGUCCAAAAUUUUAUACUGCAUAUUUGAAUUUUAGCUUUAUAUUUGAUCAAUGCGGGGUUACGUGA